AUGAGUGACAUAGAACAUGAUGGAGGAUUUGCCUCCACUGGUGUAAGCGCCUCUGCAAAUUAUCGGAACAAUCCAUGCUCAACAAGACCCCAGGCAAACUUUGGCUCAAAAAGCAAUCCCCACCCCAAAGCGCACAAACGGCGGCAUCUCGUCCAAAUUCCCGCUCUCAUCUCACAUCCAGAUGAAGGUCUCAUCCUCUUCGAGACCAGCUCCGGGAAAAACUGGGCAACAGUCUGGGAUCCACCCUUCAACGACCUCUUCGCACACAUCGAGUCCACAGCCGACAAUGAGAUUCACGCAGCAACAUCUGAGACAGGACAUUCAAUCAAUGAGGUCAGAGCUGUGAUUCUCGGAUAUUUGUAUCUCAAUCACGCUGGUGGUUUCGGAUACUUUGUGAAUACGGAUGCUGAAAUAUACGUUCAUGAGUCGGAGCCUUUCAACACAGAGUUCUUGAAGAUCUUUCCGGGGUUGCAGAAGCGUCAUGCCCCGGGGCAUACACCAGGAUUGCGUGUCAUGCAAGUGAACCUCCCGGACAGCGAAACAUGGAUCUUCACAAGUGAUCAGUAUCAUACCAAGGACAAUUACAGGCAAAGUCAUCUACAAGGAUGGCAUCCUAGAGGUCAUGGAGAUUGGGUUCAUUCAAAUCAGAUGGUUCAUAUGCUGGCGAGGAGAACGAAGGCCAAGCUUGUCUUUGGACACGAUAAAGAGACAUUCUUUUCGUUCAAGCAUGCGCCCAGCUAUUACAGCUAG